AUGUGCAGCUCAUUGAGAAGCUUCCAGCGCCUUGCUCAGCUUGCACCUCCUCAGCUCCAGCUUGUUUCAUUUAAUGCAAUACUUAAUGAAAAACCAUGCAAGAGGAUGGUGCUCUAUUACCAUGACAUCAUUUUCAAUGGCACAAAUGUAGCAAAUGCCACAUCUGCCAAAGCUUCAAAUGAAACUGAACUGACUCACAAAUUUGGGAUGCUGGUCGUGUUCAACGAUCCCAUCACGAAAGAUCACCAUCUUCUUUCUCCCCCAGUCGCCCAAGCUCAAGGCUUCUAUUUCUAUGACAUGAAGACUACUUAUAAUGCUUGGUUCUCCUACACUUUGAUAUUCAACUCGACCAAGCAUAAAGGUACUAUAAAUAUUAUGGGUGCAGAUAUGAUUGACUCGGAGACUAGGGAUCUUUCAGUGGUUGGCGGAACUGGAGAUUUUUUCAUGACAAGAGGAAUUGCAACGCUUCGGACUGAUUAG